ACAACAAAUCUCAUCAAACUAAAGUUAUAUGGUGGCAUAUUCCGUUUUCAUUACAAAGAUACCAAAACAAGUCCGGAUUUUUAUGAGCUUUUCCACAACUGGGUUUAAUUCAUCUUUAGCAAAUCAAAUCAUAAACAUAUCAAGAGAGUUCAUCAGAAGAAACCCAUGAAGGACUCCACUUUAUGGAUUCACCUAAGCAUCGUUUUGAUGGUAACAAUGGUGACUAAAGCCCAUAUUCCCACCACUUUAGAAGGCCCAUUUGAGCCCGUUACUCAACGGUUUGAUUCAUCACUUCGGAGGGGUAGUGAUGAUUUGCCCAUGGAUCAUCCCAGGUUGAAGAAAAAUGUCACCACAAAUUUCCCAGAACAGAUUGCUAUCGCAUUGUCUUCUCCAACUUCCAUGUGGGUUUCUUGGGUUACUGGGGAUGCACAGAUUGGUUUGAAUGUGACACCUAUUGAUCCUUCGUUGGUUGCCAGUGAAGUGUGGUAUGGCAAAAGAAGUGGCAAGUAUACAAAUGUACAGAAAGGGGUUUCCACUGUUUACAGUCAAUUGUAUCCAUUUGAAGGACUACUAAAUUAUACCUCUGGGAUCAUUCACCAUGUCAAACUUGAGGGUCUUGAACCGGGAACCAAAUAUUUUUACAAGUGUGGGGAUAGCUCUUUUCCAGCUUUGAGUGAAGAGCACAUGUUUGAAACUUUACCAAAGCCUAGCUCAGAUGCAUAUCCUCACCGGAUAGCUGUUGUUGGAGAUUUGGGACUGACCAGCAAUACUACCACAACCAUUGAUCAUUUGGUUCAAAACAAUCCCUCAAUGAUCUUAAUGGUGGGAGACCUUAGUUAUGCCAAUCAGUAUCGUACAACUGGCGGCAAAGGAGCACCAUGCUUCUCAUGUGCAUUUCCAGACGCACCUAUUCGAGAGACAUAUCAACCCCGCUGGGAUGGGUGGGGAAGGUUCAUGGAGCCUUUAAUUUCAAGAAUUCCUAUGAUGGUCAUCGAAGGAAACCAUGAGAUUGAACCUCAAGUUUCUGGAAUCACUUUCAAGUCAUAUCAAACUAGAUUUGCAGUCCCCUCAGAAGAGAGUGGCUCUAAAAGCAACUUUUACUACUCUUUCGAUGCUGGAGGAGUACAUUUUGUCAUGUUAGGAGCAUAUGUUGACUACAAUGCCACUGGUGCUCAGUAUGCUUGGUUAAAGAAAGAUCUAGAUAACGUGGAUCGGUCUGUGACCCCAUGGCUGGUAGCCGCAUGGCAUCCACCUUGGUACAACAGUUAUGCUUCUCACUAUCAGGAGUUUGAUUGCAUGAGGCAGGAAAUGGAAGAACUUCUAUAUCAGUAUAGCGUCGAUAUAGUUUUCUCGGGUCAUGUGCAUGCUUAUGAGAGAAUGAACAGAGUUUUUAACUAUACUUUGGAUCCAUGUGGCCCUGUUUACAUAACUGUUGGAGAUGGUGGAAACAUUGAGAAAGUUGAUGUUGACUAUGCUGAUGACCCCGGGAAAUGUCCAUCAGCAAGCGAUAAUGUACCGGAAUUUGGAGGUGUAUGUCACUUGAACUUUACUUCAGGUCCAGCCAAAGGCAAGUUCUGUUGGGACAAACAGCCGGAAUGGAGUGCUUUCAGAGAGAGCAGCUUUGGUCAUGGAAUACUUGAGGUAGUAAAUUCUACAUAUGCAUUAUGGACUUGGCAUAGAAAUCAAGAUAUAUAUAAGGAAAACAGUCGUGGUGAUCAAAUAUACAUUGUUCGACAGCCUGAAUUGUGCUCUAAAUCAUCAAGACCCCCAUUGACUAACUCAUUACCUACAUUGUCUGUGAAUUGCUGUCAUUCUCUGUGGAUUUCUCUCCUUGCCAUUCUUAGUAUUCAUAUUUCUCAUGCCCUCGUUAUGGAAAAUCUAUUUUCCUUUUGAGUGUUGUUAUUUGACAUCUUAUAGUUGGUUAGCGAUAACCCGUAAUACUUAUUAAAUCUAAAUGUGCGGGAUCCGAUAUUGGAUUGCACCAAUAACAGUAUUUAAUUGAGACGGAAUAAAAAAAAAAUUCAUCUUUAAAUUCUUUCUGCAGACUUAAAACUUGAAAAUUAU